AUGAAGGCCUUACCGCUGAAGGACCUCUCUGUGGAGGCAGCCGUGGGUGUGCCCUUGCCAGAGAGGAGCACCUUGAAUUUGCCAGGACCUCGGAUCCAUGGCCGCUUCCGGCAGAGAGGCCUUAAGGACCUCCAAGACUUCUGCAAAAGCUUUGAGGCAGCGUCUGACAGUGUGAGCUGCUCCUUGAGAGACGGUGGAGUUGCAGAGAUUUGUGGGCCUCGACAAUGGGCCUGCAUCGAGCUGCUGCCAGGUCCGACCACCAGCUUCUCGACGUCCGUGGAGCUUUGGAACCAUCGAGUCUUCUGGGCGCAGGAGACGAAGGACUUUCCACGGAUCGAUGUGGAGGACACACCUGGUCUAGAGAAGGUGCUGGUGCUCUACUGCGGCCCACUUGACCUAAAGUUUCAUCCACGGUAUGCCGCCAAGAUCAUUCACGAGCCCGUAGACCGCUGUGCCGAAGCCCUCCGCCGCUCCGCGCAACGGCUGCCUGACCUUUGGAUCUUCUUCGUGAGCCCCUUCACCUGGGACGAAGCUCUCCUUGAACCCAAGGCCAUGUUGGCACUCCAGAAGGCCAUGACGCGCCCUUGGCUGCUGGCGGCUGGGCUGCCGAUCCAAGGCCGGGAUGGCCUUUGGCAAUGGCCUGCCCGACAACUUCGCUAUCGUUUCUACAAGCUGCAGUAUCGCCGUGCAAGCUUCGAGACUGGCGAUCCGGAGGACAACUGCUGGGCAGGGGAAGCUUCCUCCGGCACACGACUUUACAGGCCCGGCGCGCUGCCGGCCUUGCUCCAAAAGACGAUCACCACGGAUGUGGCGACGAUGAUGGUUGAGUUGGAUCUUCUUGCAAAGCUCGGGAAGAUCCCACCCAGGUGGUCCACCAGGCCGAAGAGGAGACAUCGGCAUCGCCAGCGCGAGUCGGCAUCGGUGCCGCGAGGCCAGAUCCUCACUUGCGCUGUGGGUGCGGUGUCUCGGGAAGAGGAUUAUGCCCAAAGCGCUCAGCUUCCCGAUGCCUUUGCACAGCAAUUCCAUUUGGAAGCAGUCAGCUACGUCAGCAGGCACCGGCCAAAGGCAGACCCGCUUGGCUGA